UCUCGUUUUUAGUCUACACUGAAAGCCCCACAGCAACGGACGUGAAAUCGUGUAUUUUUGUGGGCUGUGUAUUGUCGUCGAGCGUCGGUAAAACUGAACGUAAAGCGAGACAACUGAACGAAAGAGCCAAUUUGAACAUCUAGUGAAUUGGAAAAGCCAAAACAAACCGAAUAAAAACAUCUUUAGGGUUCUUAAGGCAUAAAUAAAAUUAAAAAAAUAAAACAAUAAACAAUUGAUAUAUGAAACAACACUAUAACGCAUUAUAACACCAAAUAACCAAAUUCCCAGGCGAUGUUGAGUUAUUAAACCAGUUGACCUGACAACAUGGUGAAGAUCGAGGAAGGUUUGCCGUCCAGCGAGAUCAGUGCCCAUAGUCACCACUUUCAGCACCACCACCACCCACUGCCGCCCACCACCCACCAUCACCCGCUCCAAAGUAGCCAUCCCGUCGGCCUGAAUCUCACCAAUCUGAUGAAAAUGGCCAGGACACCCCACUUGAAGUCCAGUUUCUCCAUAAAUGCCAUACUACCCGAGACUCUGGAGCAUCACGACGAGGACGAGGAAGAGGAAGUGGAGAAGAAGUCCCCGGCGAAGUUUCCACCCAAUCAUAAUAACAACAACCUAAACGCCACGAACUGGGGAUCUUCUGAGGAUCAGGAGGCGGAAAGCGAUCCCGAGUCGGACCUGGAUGUGACCUCCAUGUCACCGGCUCCCGUUCUAAACACCAACGAAAGCGAUCAGGAGGAAGUGGAUGAGGAGUUUGUGGAGGAGGAUGUGGAGUGUGAUGGAGAGACCACCGAUGGCGAUGCGGAGAACAAGUCCACGGAUGGCAAGCCGGUCAAGGAUAAGAAGGGCAACGAGAAGCCGCCCUAUAGCUACAAUGCGCUGAUCAUGAUGGCCAUUCGGCAGAGCCAGGAGAAGCGUCUCACCCUGAACGGCAUCUACGAGUACAUCAUGACCAAUCAUCCUUACUACCGGGACAACAAGCAGGGCUGGCAGAACUCUAUAAGGCACAAUUUAAGUCUAAAUAAGUGCUUUGUGAAGGUCCCUCGGCACUAUGAUGAUCCCGGAAAGGGGAACUACUGGAUGUUGGAUCCCUCGGCGGAGGAUGUUUUCAUUGGCGGAUCAACGGGAAAGCUGAGGAGAAGGACAACGGCUGCCUCCCGCUCUAGGCUGGCGGCCUUUAAGAGGUCCCUGAUAGGACCCAUGUUCCCGGGACUGGCUGCCUAUCCCCAGUUUGGCCAAUUUCUCACCUACCCCCCGACGGCGCCCAGUUUGCUGGCCAGCAUGUAUCAGCGCUACAAUCCCUUUGCGCCAAAAAGUGGACCGGGACAUCCGGGGAUGCCAACGGGCUUGCCGGGACUGCCUCCUGGUCCACAAGGACCUCCUGGACCCCCGGGACCUCCGCCCUUUGUUGCCCCACCACCCACGAGCAGCGAACUCUACCAGCGAUUGCAGUACCAACAGCUGUUGCAUCAACAUGCCGCAGCCGCCGCCUUGGCGGCUCAUCAAAGGCAACUUUCGGUGGUGGCGGCCUCGCAGGCGGCACAACAACCACCGCCCCAACACCACGCCCACUUGGGGGUGGUGGGUCAGGGACCGCCCCUCUCGCCAGGCGGGGACUCCCCGGGACCCUCGCCACAGCCACUCAUGAAGCCCGUCACCGUUGUCUCCCGCAACAGCUGAAGAUUCCGUGGAGGAGAUUCCUCCGAUUCUUUGGCCAGUGGAGCAGCUUCUGUAGCUCAUAAGUAUUCCUUGUACAUAGAUAUAGCCGCGACUGAGGCGCUAGACGCUUGUAAAUAGAUGAGAAAUGGGGGGAAAUAAGAAAAUCAAAGCAGGAGCUAGAGAAGAAACCAUAUUCGGUUAACCGAAUGUAAUGGAAACCUUUGCAGACUUGGGAAAGAAAUAAAAAAGGUUAAAUUUUAAAACGCUUUUAUAAAGAGAAAUUUUAAAUUAAAACUGAAAUUUAUUAAAGAAUGUUUGCUUAUUAGUUCAAGGCACAACAACCAAAUUCAAUAAAACAGUAUUUUCCGUUCUAAACAAAUUAACGUAUGUCAUCCACCAGAAAAGCCAUAAAAAGUCUAUCUAUAGCACUUUGAAAAUGUAGUGAAAAUACUUUUAUGUGGUUCCAACUCAGACCCCUUAAAAACACGAUAGCAAUAUCUCUGCAAAGGCUUUUCCAAACGAGUGUUUCAGAGUUGGUAACUUGUUGUCACAUAUCUACGGUAUAUGUAUGUAAUUUGAUUAACGAUACUUAAGCGCUACAGGCAAAGAACUAAGCACUAUUUAAUUUAUAUAUUAUUGUAUAUUUAGACACCGAACGAAGCGAGCGAAAACGGAAACCAAUUAAAAUUCUAUUGAAAUAAAAAUUGAAAAACAAAAUAAAAAAGUAGAAAAUUAAUGGUAUCUGCGGGGGAGCUUGGGACUCGUUAGUGACAACGGGUGUUAAAUUGAACUGCAGUGGCCGCUAAAUGAAUCUGUUGUCGCGACAAACUUGUCGGCAAUCGGACAAUCCGACAAACAGGAAGUCCUUAAUAACCGGCAGGCAUACUCAAAUGCAUGGUAUAUGUACAUAUACUUGCGGGCUUGUAGUAAAAGUAGCGCUAAGAGCCCCUGAGAACUGUCAAAUCAAAUCAAAUUUUGGCGCAUGUCCCACACACAUGUUUUGUGUAUAUUAAUAUAAAUUGUGAAUCUUCGGUAAACAGUUAAAAAUAAUACAUUGUGAACUUGUUAAGUACGAACCACUGGUUUUUUUAUGUUUUUCAUUUU